CAGUCAGUCUGUCACUGUGUGACACUCACUCACGCUGACAUGUUGACACACACAGUGCGUGUGUGUGUGCAGGGUGGGGAGCAGACAGUGUUUGGGGGUGUCCGCGCAGGGUGUGAACGGUUAACGGGUGUCAAACUUGUGAAUGAAAUCAAGUUCUGCAGCUUCUCUCUCCAGCGAGGUUUUGCGAUUGCCUGGAGCGUCUUGGGGCUUUGACUGCAGAGACGGGUGGUGGAUCAGCCCCUCCCAGCAGACGCUCCGGCCUCAUGUCUCCCGUGGCAGCGAGGGGCUUGCUUUUCUGUGGGCCGAGCAGUUCAGGGAGCCCCGUAGAGCCCCGGGCCACAGGACCCUAGCGAUGGAGGAUGUCUCUGAGGACACUUCGCUGCACCGGCUGGAAGGGACAGACCUGGAGUCCCAGGUUGGAGGCUUGAUCAUCAAGAAGAAAAGUGCCUGCAACGAGCAGCAUGUCUUCAAAGCUCCGGCCCCCCGCACCUCCCUGCUGGGGCUGGACUUGCUUGCUGCCCAGAAGCGCAGGGAGCGCGAGGAGAAGGAAGACACGGAGGACAAGAAGAAGUCCAAAGUCUCCUCCUACAAAGACUGGGAGGAGGCCAAAGAUGACUUGAGUGGCUCUGAGGAGGAGGGGAGCGAUAGGACCAGCAGGAGCAGCCGGCAGGACAGGUGAAGGUCCGGGGGCGUUAGGGCCUCCCCCAGCCUUUGGGUGCCAGAGGUCCUCCUUUUCAGGAAGGGGCUUGGCGCCAGUGCCUGAAGGCAGCGGGGCUGAUUCCUGGAUCCGGGGCACGUAGGACAGAAACCGGGUCCAGGUGCCUGUGGAGCGGAGAGACGGCGCCUUUCCCUGACCCGGGAGCUGUUGGCGGCUGAGCUCUGUCUAGCAAAGCGAAGGCGCCUGCAUGGGGUGAGGGGAAGGAGACUUGGGUGGAGACAAGCCUGGUUCCACAUGCAUCUCUCAGCCAGGAGCCAGGUGUGCCUCAGGCACGGCCCUGUCCCACCCCAAGGCCUCGGGGAAGGGAUGGAAGAGUGGAGUCGAUUAGCCGCCAAGCCACCGCUACAGACGA